AUGGCCGCCCUGCCAGACAUCGUUGGGUUCAUACAAACCCCUGUCCUGUGGUUCCAGGGACAGAGGCUCCAUGCUCCGAUGGUCCGGCAACCCAAGAAGUUCCUACCGACGGUCAAGCAGAUCAAGGCAAUGAGGAAGGCAGAGACAGAUGAGCGGGACCACUACUUCCUGGCACUUUACGUGGUGAUCCUGGCCAUAACCACGCUGCUCGGCACGGCUGUCAUGUAUUUAGGACCGAAAUGUCGGCAGUGCCUCCGCUGGCAAUCACAUAGGUAUGAACGACUUGAGCUCGGGGGGAAACAAAGCCGCGAGGUUUCAAGGGUGAGCUCAGAGGAGCACGAAGGAGAUGACCAAAGUGAUGACUUCAUGAGUUUAGACAUUCAGCGGCUUUUGACCGCAUGGACCUUCGGAUGCACGGCCAUCGCCUGUGGAGCCACCUGCAUUUACUCCCUGCAGUCCGGUCGGUUGGACAAGACUACCGGCCUGGACUGGGAGAUGUAUGCGGCCCUCAUGCUGGGAGGGGCACUAUGUUUGGUUGCGCAAGCAGUCGUGGCGGUGCUCCUGUUGCCGAACGACCACACCUUCCCAGUGACAGCCUUUGUAGAAUCAGCGUUUGUGUACUUAAUGCCCUUUGUAUCGGAUGGUUUUGAUACGUUGAAGGACACCAUCUUUUCAUGCCUUUGUGUGCAAUCAGACCACCUCCUCUUAAAGGGCAUUGGUGUGGCUAGCUGGAUUUACCUUAUGGUAAUCCAUGGGGUUUUGCUCAGGCAAGACAACACCCUGGCCGAAUUGGCUGGGUGUUACCUCCCUGCGCUGAUGGCGCUCCCUGCAGAUCCCACACCAGAAGAUUCAAAUGGCUCAUGUUGUCAGAGCCUGUCUUGUCAGAAUUUUUCUGACAUGUUCUUCCAACUUCUUUAUAAGCAAGUAACCCCCACCAAGAGGGAGUUGCUCCUGUGGGAGAAUGUGCCCCAAGGGGUGGCCGCGAUCUUCUUUCUCUACCUCGAGGGUGGGUCCUUGUUUGUUGGGGUGAUCAACCUGGCCAUCCCAGUUGGGCAGGUUCUUGCCACAAACGUUUUCUUUAGACCGCUGCGAGAUCUAGUCGCUCCGAAGUUUGCCAAGAAGCUAUCGGGCUUCUUGUCCAAGCCAGACUUUUUAAGGGCAAAGCUGCUGUGGCGCGAGGCGAGGCUGGCAUCGUGUCGGUUUGCACGAGGGUCGGGAUUCAUUUCGUGA